UCCAAUAUGGCUUCCAAUGGAUGAAGUGUCGAGCUGUCAAUAAUUCAGUUUCCAAAUUUUGUUUUAAUGGCUGUCAUGGACAUUAAAAGAAAAUUCCAAAACUUCCUCAGAAAACAGGAAUCAGUGCAAUCUCCAGUAGAAGAUGAUAUCAACCAUGACUUGUUUACAGGAGAGCCUGCUAUCACAAAGUACAAGCACAGUCACAUGGUUAACCCCCACGAGGAGCAGGAGGUGCUGGAAAACAUAGAGGAAGUGUACUACAAUGAUGAAGAUGUUGACACCAGCAGCUUCGAACUCCAGAAAGUACCGGAGGAUCCUGACCUGGACCAGAUUGACCGGGACAGACAAAAACUGAGGAAACAGCUACAAGUGGUUUCCAAGAAAGUGUCCGACGUGGUGUUACAGAAUCACCCUGCCUAUGCGGCUGAGUUACAGAGAGUGAUGGAGCUACAGAAAACACUACAGCUUGCCAGCAUCAUCUGUGCUAACGGACGCAGACAACUAUCUGGAGCAAGGAAAAGCUUUACCACUGCCAGCCUUAAGAUGUUGGCUAACUACAGAAAACGACAGCAGCUGAUUGGUCUACUUAAGUCCCUAAGGACAAUUAAAACACUACAGCGUACAGAUCUGAGGCUGAGGGAAAUGAUGGAGGAGGAAGACUACUGCAGUGCUAUACAGCUGUGUCUGGAAUGUCAGAAGGCGGCUAGCACAUUCAAACACUUUACUUGUAUAAGUGAGCUGAGUUCAAAACUACAGGACACGCUGGAGAUGAUUGAGGAACAGCUGGAUGUUGCUUUGUCCAAGACAUGUAGUCACUUUGACAUUGUCCACUAUGAGAAAGUACAGAUAGCUUAUAGACUUCUGGACAAAACUCAGACUGCCAUGGAUCAGUUACACAUGCACUUCACAAGUGCCAUACAUAGUACAGCCUUCCAGAUUGUUCUGGGCUACGUGGAGCUGUGCGCUGGAACAGGAAACUCAAACUUCCAGAAACGACCCUACGUAGAUCUCUGUAAGAAUAUAACACAGGAAAGUUUCAAACCAUGUUUGGUAGAUCUGUGCAAAGCAUUAUGGGAAGUGAUGAAGAGUUACCACAAAACCAUCCAGUGGCAUGAGUCUCACGACGAAGAGUUCAUCCGGGAGUCAGGUGUGGAUGUGGACAUCACAUUGAAGAUGAAGUACAUACGUCAGAAGCUUGACCAUGGCCUGACUCGGAUAUGGCACGACGUCCAGCAAAAGGUCAAGAUUUAUAUCCUGGGUACAGACAUGGCCAACUUCAAACUAGAGGACUUCAUACGAGUGCUAGACCUUGUCAACAGGUUGAUUGAGAUAGGGGAGGAAUUUUGCGGGAGCAAGUCAGAAGGUCUACAAGACUCCCUCAAACAACAGAGUCUCAAUUAUUUCAAAAACCACCACAGGUACCGUAUGGAAGAACUAGGAAUGUUCCUGGAGAACGAAGGCUGGGAGAUCUGCCCUGUCAAGUCUAACUUUACUCUGCUACAGUUGUUGGAAUUCAGGUUCAUGCAGAGCUGGACUCGUUCUCCGGCCACCAACUCCCUAGUGCAUUCCCAACAGGAAGUAGAGGGGGAGGAAUCAUUGCCAAACGGACACAAUCGAGAAGGGGGGCGCUACUUUGACCAGUACAAGGAUGAAGGUAGUCCAUUUGAUGUCCAACCUGAUGAAGAAGAAAACGAAGAUGUGUUUUCUGGAAGUUGGGAUGAUGAAGAUGGAGAAGGUAGAGACACAGACUCAGACGAGCCCGAUGAACUCAAACAGGAUUAUAUUGAUGAACUCACAGGAGAGGCACAAUCUAAUAGGCAAUACAGAAGAAGAACAUCAAGAAACAAAAAUCAAAGACACAUUCCAAUUGUGACCAAUACAACCCUCAAUGUUCUGAGGGUGAUAGGUAAAUAUAUGCAGAUGAUGACCGUCCUGAAACCGAUAGCUUUUGACGUGAUCAACAGUAUGUCACAGCUAUUUGAAUAUUACCUGUAUACAGUUCAUAUAUUCUUUGGAGCAGAUACGUGGGUGAUGAAUGAGCGAUCCCUCAAUAAUCGAAUGCACAUGACACUUCAGAGGAUCAGGAACAACCUGAUAGCAGAGGCACCUAUACCUGGGGCUCCCCCCACUGACCAAGAGAAUGGCAGGGACAAAUUCCCGCAGCCACACCUCUCCCCCAUCGUCGACCUCAGUGGGAGUGGUCGUCUGUUUGGUCUGGCUGAGAGAGUAGUUGCUGCUGAGUCUCUAGUUUUCCUGGCCAGUCAGAUGGAGCUGCUGUAUCCUCACCUAGAAGCUAUGAUACCAGGCAACAAAAAAGUCUUCCUCCAACAGUUUUUCUCACAGACAGUUAAAAUGGCUGCUGAGUUACGGAAGCCAGUGUACUGGACUGUGUCAGUACAGGCAGUGGACUAUGACAAUAUCCUAUACCACAUGUCAGGAGUCAAGUGGGAUGUUAAGGACAUAAUGUCACAACACAACUCCUACGUCGAUGUCAUGCUCAAGAGUUUGGAGCAGUUGUCGGUAAGACUAGUGGAUAUUAACAGAAGAGUUCCAAUACCAAAGGUUGUAUAUGACCUCGUGUGGGAACACUGUGUACGCCUUGCAAACCGGACGAUUGUCGAAGGGUAUGCUGGUGCUAAAAAGUGCAGUAACGAGGGGAGAGCUUUGAUGCAGCUGGAUUUCCAACAGUUUCUGUCCAAGCUUGAGACUAUCGUAGAUCUAAGACCUAUCCCAGAGAGAGAUUAUGUGGAGGCCUACAUCAAAGCUUAUUACCUACCAGAGAGUCAGAUGGAAUCCUGGAUACUAGAGCACAAAGAGUACUCCAACAAGCAGUUGCUGUCCCUCAUCAACACAGUCGACCAUAUCAACAAAAAAGCACGACAGAGGCUUAUCGCCAUAGUAGAGGAAAUGGAUCGGCACCGCAGAUAACGCCACGCUUCAAUGAAUGUGUCACUCAUUGUAGAAAGUUUAUUGUGCUCCGCACAUUCCCAUUACGAGGGCUAAUUUGGUUGUUACAUUACGUCAUAUUCACAGAUUUCAAUUGCAAUGAUCCAUCAAAACUCAACCAAUUCACAAUCAUUCUCAUUCUUUUGUACUUCCUUUCCUGUUUUAAAUAAUAAUACAGUGGAUUCUAAGUAAACCAGACUCUGACCAAACCGGAUCUAAAUCCAUCCAAACUUUUUUUGUCCCUGGAAAACUCUUCUUUAACGAUAGUAAUUAAUCUUCUGGCUAAUUCAGACUCUGUCUAUUCUGCUAACUGGCCUAUGCCUUCUAAACACUAGCACAGAGGUUAAAUCAACUCUCUAUAAAUCGGCCUUUUUUCCGUCCCAUGCCUUCUAAACACUAGCACAGGGGUUAAAUCAACUCUCUAUAAACCGGCCUUUUUUCCCCGUCCUAUGCCUUCUAAACACUAGCACAGAGGUUAAAUCAACUCUCUAUAAACCGGCCUUUUUUCCCGUCCCAUGCCUUCUAAACACUAGCACAGAAGUUAAAUCAACUCCCUAUAAACCAGCCUUGUUAUACACUAGUAAAUCAACUCUCUGUAAACCAGUCUUAUUUCUCCGUUCCAUGCCUUCAAUAUACUAGUAAAUCUACUCUCAGUAAACCGGUCUUGGGCAGGUUUUUACUGUGCAGUAAGUGGAUGAGUCAUUGUCACUUUACCACAGUACAUUGUAGAUAAAUUAGGUUAGCACCUGAAUGCUUCUUACUUGCAAAUUGCAAAUAUUUCGAUUUUUCCAUAUUUUAAAGAUUUAAAGUAGCUCUUUAGGAAGCAUCCAAAUUACAUCCAGUCUUCUAAGUUUUCACCAACAUGUUAUACAAUGUUUUCCAUCUUCCACAAAUUUGAAUUGUCAGACAAGUUGUUAGAAAUGAAGAAAUUAACAGUAGAUUUGUAGAUACAUGUCUGUCCAUAUUAUCGUGUGAUGGCUGAAACUACAGGUCCGUCUGCCUGUCUGUACAUACAUGUCUGUCCAUAUUGUCUUGUAAUGGCUGAAACUACAGGUCUGUCUGCCUGUCUGUAGAUACAUGUCUGUCCAUAUUAUCAUGCGAUGGCUGAAACUACAGAUCUGUCUGCCUGUCUGUAACUGUAAUGGCUGUAGAUACGUUUCUGUCCAUAUUAUCUUGUAAUGGCUGAAACUACAAGUCUGUCUGUAACUGUAAUGGCUGUAGAUACGUCUGUCCAUAUUAUCUUGUGAUGGCCGAAACUACAGGUCUUUCUGCCUGUCUGUAACUGUAAUGGCUGUAGGUACGUCUGUCCAUAUUAUCUUGUGAUGGCUGAAACUACAGGUCUGUCUGCCUGUCUGUAACUGUAAUGGCUGUAGAUAUAUGUCUGUCCAUAUUAUCAUGUGAUGGCUGAAACUACAGGUCUGUCUGCCUGUCUGUAACUGUAAUGGCUGUAGAUACGUCUGUCCAUAUUAUCUUGUGAUGGCUGAAACUACAGAUCUAUCUGUCUGCCUGUCUGUAACUGUAAUGGCUGUAGAUAUGUGUCUGUCCAUAUUAUCUUGUGAUGGCUGAAACAACAGGUCUGUCUGCCUGUCUAACUGUAAUGGCUGUAGAUAUAUGUCUGUCCAUAUUAUCAUGUGAUGGCUGAAACUACAAGUCUGUCUGUUGUAACUGUAAUGGCUGUAGAUACGUGUCUGUCCAAAUUAUCUUGUGAUGGCUGAAACUACAGGUCUGUCUGCCUGUCUGUAAUGGCUGUAAAAACUACAGGUCUGUCUGUAACUGUUAAAGCUGUAGAUACAUGUCUGUCCAUUUUUCUUGUGAUGGCUAAAACUACGGGUCUGUCUGCCUGUCUGUAACUGUAAUGGCUGUACAUACAUGUCGGUCUAUAUUAUCCUGUGAUGGCUGAAACUACAGGUCUGUCUGCUUCACUGUAACUGUAAAAGCUGUCUAUAUUAACCUGUGAUGGCUGAAAAUACAGGGCUGUCUGUCAAGUGUUACAUCGGAAAUUGUAUAUAAAUGGUACAUAUUUUACUUCUAAAGACAUCUGUGAUAUAAUCAAAUGAAAUCUUCAAUUAUGUACUACCAGCCAGGUACAUCAUACAGAAACCUACAACGUAAUCAAUUGUUCUAGGCUCUAUUCUUAGUCUUUGUUGUGAAGUUGGGGUAGAUUUUUAUCACCGGUAAGAAAUGACCAAAUGUUGUUUUUAUGGAAAUAUUGUCUGUUAUGUGCACUAUACCCGCAAAUUUACGGUACAUGUGUAAGAUAUAGUGAAACAAUAAUCA